ACCAGCUUCAUCCGGUCUGGGACCAACAUCAUGAGAGCAUCGGCUGUGGGAUCCGCGGAACAAUGCCGCUCUGCUGCUGGAGUCGACACGAGCGUGUCAUCUCAUCCAAAACUCAACUCGCGUCCCGGGUUACCUUAUCCCGACAAGCCACUUGAGCUUCAAUGUACGCAGCCGACUUGGAGACGCGAGAGGGGUAGCUCUACGCUAUUGGCAUAGUUUCAUAAUGACCUGAUUCUGCUUUCUCUCUGCUCUCCCUACCUACUCGUCCAAGCCUAGGUUGUAGCUUCAAUCCGUUUCAAUUCCCUAGCAUAGCACAUUGUACACUUGACAUGUCUUUUCGUCUACCGGCAAAAACUGUCUGGCGAGCGCCAGUCAAGAUUACGACCUUGUCUCGGAGCUCAACCCUGGCGCCACGAUGGGUACGCAACUACGCUACACCGACAGCGGGGAGCAGGACGGCGAUUGUGACGGGAUCAUCGCGUGGAAUUGGCAAAGCCAUAGCUCUUCGUCUGGCAAACGACGGCUACGACGUGUGCAUCAACGAUAUUGCGGCGAACAAAGCUGGUUGCGAUGAAGUGGUCAAGGAAGUGGAGAGCAUUGGCCGGAAGGCCUUCGCAUUUACAGCGGAUGUGUCGAAUCUCAAAGAAGUGCAAGAGAUGGUGAAGGCAUCUGUUUCGGAACUAGGACCUCUGAACACUAUGAUUGCGAAUGCGGGCAUUGCGCAAGUGAAGGCUCUACUGGAUCUGACCGAGCAAGACUUCAAGAGGAUGUUCGAGGUUAACGUGAAUGGAGUAUUCAACUGCUACAAAGCUGGUGCUGAGCAAAUGAUCUCGCAAGGCUCCGGCGGCAAGCUCCUUGGAGCAGCAUCUAUUGUCGCAUUCAAGCCUUUCGCCCUGCUUUCCCACUACAGCGCCUCCAAAUGGGCUGUUCGAGGUAUGACGCAAGCCUUCGCUAUGGAAAUGGCCGAACACAAGAUCACCGUCAACGCCUAUGCACCUGGCAUUGUCGGUACAGCGAUGUGGGACCUUAUCGACGAGAAGCUGGGAGAAAAGACAGGAGCAAAGAAGGGCGACACCAUCAAGAAAUACACAAACGAGCUGAUUGCGCUCGGCAGAACUAGUGUGCCCGAGGACGUGUCAAGCACGGUAAGCUUCUUGUCAAGCAGAGACAGCGACUACAUGACGGGUCAGACCAUCGUCAUUGAUGGUGGAAUCAUUUUUACAUGAGUUUAGGUGCAGAGCAAUGAUAAUGUGUGUUGGUGAGCACAGCCAGCAGCCUCCGCGCGAGAUUGCAUCACAGAAAAGCCUUGAACACUACAAACCCUUCCACCAACGCUUCUGAGCCACCCGCCAGUUCAGCGAAA